AGCAUUUAUUGUUCAGGCGAUUUAGCAGAGUAAAUAAAUUUAACUCUGUCUUAAUACGAUUCGCGAUAAAGAUAUGUCGACAUUUUUAUACCUUCUGUUGGUUGGAGCUUUCAUAACAAAAACUACGUCUUACACAUGCCCUUCUGGGUGUGAUUGUGCGUAUUACAACUCAAUACAUACAUUGGAAUGUAACAGUCAAGACUUGCAAGAAAUUCCACAAAAUAUUCCAGAAUGGACGACUCUUCUGGAGUUGGAUGCGAACGAAUUAACUGAAUUAGACCUCAAUUUCUGCGACGUCUGUAUUUAUUUUGAGGAUUUCAGUUUUCGUUACAAUCGUAUAAGCAAUAUCAUUAUAAAGAAAAAUAUAACAUCGAGGUAUGAUAAAUCACGCAAUCUACGUUGUCAAGACUCUACCUCGAUAUUCCCAAGAGUUGUAAAUGUAGACUUGAAAGGGAAUUUAAUACAGAAGUUACCGAAGUGUUUAUGGUUCGUAUGGUUAGUACUGAAGAUUUUAGAUUUGAGAGAAAAUCAAAUCAGAAGUAUACAAGACCUAAAUUUGUCAGGAUAUUUUUCUUCGACAAACUCGAUGGAAGAAUUGUAUCUGGGUGGUAAUCGUAUUUCCCAACUGAUCAGAAAAGAUCUAUAUUCAAGGACGUUGGCUUUGAAAAGACUUCGAAUACUGGAUCUUUCCAGAAACAAAAUUCACACUAUUGAUAGUGGCGUUUUCACUUUUCUUGAUGAAAUCGUUGACAUUAAUUUAAGCGACAAUAAGAUUGGAUUUCUUUCGGACUUCACAUUUGUCACCCGUGGUGAAAAAUUGGAGACUAUAUCAUUGCGACGGAACUACAUAGAUUGGAUCUCUAUUCAUGCAUUCGCUGGUCUUCCAAAUCUAAAAAGACUUGACCUGAGUUACAAUGAAAUAAGUUGUUUGCGCCCUAACACAUUUUCAACUUGUCAAGUUCCCAACUUGAAUUUACUGAUACCGGGCUUAAACUUUGUUAAUCCAGAACUAGUUCAUUUUCACCGAAGGUUCAAAGUUAACUUAUCUGGUCUGCAAUACCUACAGCUGAGAUCGAAUAAAUGGCAUUGUGACUGCCAGCUGGGAGACCUCAUCUCUGAGCAGCAUUCAACAUCUCGUAUAGUUCAACAGACAUUGUUAAAAUGUUAUACCCCAAUGGAAUAUCAGAACAGAUCAUUAUCAAGUACCCUAGCCCUUCUGAACUGUCAAUAGAAAGCGUAGUGAUAAGGUUAUUGUUGCUGACAUGUCGCCUAUGGAUCCAGCGUCAGGCCUUCGCUUCGCAUCGCAGUCAUUUUAUAUGGAACAUGAAUACAGCAUUUCAGAUAUGUAUAUAUCUUGUUGGUGGUCAGUUUGAAAUUUUCAACGGGAAACUUCCCAAACUAUAAGUUCUCGAAGACGAAGUCGAUCAUCGGAAUCAAGCUUUUGGUGUCCGAUCGGAAGAAUGAUUUACGAUUUGAUUUAAGGCUUACAAACUUUCCCCACCCACAUCUUCGAAUAUAGAGAGGCGUAUAUUGUUUUCAGUGAGUAGCCGAAUUUGGAAUGCAUAAAUAGUACAAUAUAUCAUUAUCAAGAUAACCUAAUAUUAGGGUUAACAUAUUUUUGUGACUUCAAAUCGGGACGCCUCGAAAGACAACGACCCCUUAGCUGUGAUUUUAUAACUUCACAUUUUCCGA